UAUAACGGCUCUCUCUCUCUCUCUCUCUCUCUCUCUCUCUCUCUCUCUCUCUCUCUCUCUCUCUCUCUCUCUCUCUCUCUCUCGCGUAAAUCGUGAACAGAAGCUAACCUAAUGGCGGAAAAGGAUGAAAUUCAAGAAAUUCACGACCUACAAGAAGAACCAUGGGAAGAAAGAACCCUCAAUUUUCUUCACGAUUCCGAAAUCGACCAAGAUUUAGCGAAUGAGAAAGUGAGGAAAAGGGGUGGUAAGAAGCACAAGAUGCGGCAUAUGAGGAGACCAAUGGCCAUUCCCCUGGUGAUUCUCGAGCUUCAAGACAAACAGUGCAGAGAAUCCGCUCUCAGAUGUCUCAGUACUUUCCUUCUUGAGAAAAGGGAAGAGGAUCCGGACAAUUACUACCGAACAGGAUGCUUGGUGUAUAAUUCCUGCAGCACAAUGGCCAUCUUGUUACAGGAGGUUCUGGAAUUUUUUGGAAUGAUCGUGGAUGAAAAUCCUAACAUACGAGCAGCCAAGCGUCUGGCAAAUGUUCUCACCCUUUUUCAGUGUAUUGCUGCUAACAAAGAAACAAGGCAGAAAUUUGUGAAGUCUUUAGUGCCUAACUACUUGGUACCUCUGGUACUGUUUAAGACUCCUCUAGAGGUCUAUGAGAAUGUUCGAGCUGUUGCCCUAUCUGUCAUUGGGAUUUUAUGCCAGGCCAGGGAGCGGAUGACAAUUCAGUGGGCUGUUGAUAGCAAUAUGGUUGAAGUGUGCUGGAUCAGCAUAGAGAUUGGAAAUGAACUAUCCAAAGUGAUCGGGAUGCACAUCCUUGAAGCAAUAAUGCAAGAUGGUUUAGGAAUAUCCUACAUCUGUAGUUCUGCUUGUGAGCAUCUGCUGAAGGGAUUGAUGAAAACCUGGGAGCAUCUGGUCACUGUUUUGGCUGUAGGCCAAGAUUUCUCUCCCCGACUUCUAUAUCACAUAAUUAGAUGCUACGUUCUUCUUUGUAAUCAUUCAAGGGGAUUCAGCAUGGUUAUGGAGAGCCUACCGCAUCCCCUUGCAGAUGGUUCAUUUAAUGACGUCGCAGAGGAGUUCCCUGUAAUCGGAAGCGUGCUCCAACAACUCCUCCUGACUGUUUCCAAAGUUGAUGACUGCCCUCUGGCUUUUCUACCCCACGAUUUGCAUCUAUACUAAUAGCAAAUGAUAACUGUGCUUAUUUCCCUGCCCCAAACCACCACUGCUUUCUACUGGGUGAUACAUCGAAUAAUAAGGAGGAAAUGGUUCCAACUCGUCAAACCUUGCUGCUCAUUUGAAGCUGCUUUCUGUAUAUGGUAUAUUACUGCAAUAUCAGUGACACAUGUAUGAUCAAAUUUUUUGUAGUACGGACAAAGCAAAUAAGAAAUUCAAAAAGCAGCAUUUGUUUUUGGACCUAUUACAGUUUUGAUGAUAUCGGUCACAUUUAUGAUCAAAAUUCCUUGUAGUGCAGAAAAAAGCAAAUAAGAAAUUCAAGAAACAGCAUUUGUUUUGGCUCUACUA